AGGCCGGCCUUCCGCCUCGGCUGUGCUGGAAGGGCUGAGGGUCUGGUCUCUCGGGCUCGGGGGAGGCGGUCCGGUCAUGGCACCCCGCUGACAGCCGGCCGAGUGGACAAGGCGGUGAGGGCGACCGCUGCACCCCCGUCCCCGGGCUGGAGCCCGGGCGGCCUGGCCCUCGGCCUUCUCCCUCGGAGCCGCUGCCGUCACCGCGGCUGAGCAGCGGAGAUGAGCUGGUUCAACGCCUCCCAGCUUUCCAGCUUCGCCAAACAGGCGCUGUCCCAGGCCCAGAAGUCCAUCGACAGGGUGCUGGACAUCCAGGAAGAGGAGCCGGGCGCCUGGGCCGACCCCAUUCCUUACGGAGAGCCGGGAAUAAGUCCGUCUGUUAGUGGAGGAUGGGAUACUUCAACUUGGGGCUUAAAAUCGAGCACUGAGCCUCAGAGCCCACCGAUAGCCUCUCCGAAAGCAAUUACAAAGCCAGUUCGGAGGACUGUGGUGGAUGAAUCUGAAAAUUUCUUUAGUGCCUUUCUCUCUCCAGUGGAUGUCCAGACCAUUCAGAAGAGUCCAGUGGUAUCAAAACCUCCAGCUAAAUCACAACGACUGGAAGAGGAAGUGAAAAGCCCUUUACAGGAAUCCUUGCACACGGGACAGUCAAGAACAACUGAAACGACAGAGUCAGAGGUCCAAGAGGCCUCUCCGUGUGCAUCAGGGCAAACUCUGGCAGAAGAUGCUCUGUCCCCUAAAACUGAAGGCACGCAUGAAGAAAUUGUUAACAAAGAGUCUGACGUGGAGGUGCCAGCUGAACCUCCAGAAGUCUCUGAAAGUGUAAUUAAUGUGAAAACAACUACAGAAAGCGGGUCUAACAUUUCCACUCCGUCUCUCACAGCAGAAACGAAGGACGUGGCUUUGGAACCUAAGGAACAAAAACACGAAGACAGACAGAGCAAUACACCAUCUCCUCCUGUUAGUACCUUCUCGUCAGGAACUUCUACCACCAGUGAUAUUGAAGUUUUAGAUCACGAGAGUGUAAUAAGUGAGAGCUCAGCAAGUUCGAGACAAGAAACCGCAGAUUCAAAAUCCAGCCUUCACCUGAUGCAGACGUCGUUUCAGCUUCUCUCUGCAUCUGCUUGUCCUGAAUAUAACCGUUUAGAUGAUUUCCACAAACUCAACGAGAGUUGCUGCUCCUCCGAUGCCUUUGAAAGGAUAGACUCGUUUAGCGUACAGUCAUUAGAUAGCCGGAGCGUAAGCGAAAUCAAUUCAGACGAUGAAUUGUCAGGCAAGGGAUAUACGUCAGUACCUGUUACAGUUCAUUCUUCAACUCCAAAGACUAAAAUAGUUGAGUCUGUUGAAGGAAAAUCUGAAGAAGAAGUAAAUGAAACAAUCAUACCCACUGAGGAAAUGGAAAUGGAAGAAAGCGGACGAAGUGCAACUCCUGUGAACUGUGAGCAGCCUGAUACCUUGCUUUCUUCUCCACCAAUAACGGAAGGGCGUGCUAUCUCCGACAAGGAGGCUGAGCAGAGCGAACCUGCUGAAAGUCAGCCAGAAGCACUUCCUGAGAAGGAAGAUGUUUGCAAGACAGUUGAUUUUCUGAAUGAGAAACUGGAAAAAAGGGAGGCUCAGUUAUUAUCUCUUAGUAAAGAAAAAGCACUUCUGGAAGAAGCCUAUGAUAACCUAAAAGAUGAAAUGUUCAGAGUGAAAGAAGAAAGCAGUAGCAUUUCUUCCUUGAAAGAUGAGUUUACUCAAAGAAUUGCAGAAGCAGAAAAGAAAGUUCAGCUAGCCUGCAAAGAGAGAGAUGCUGCUAAAAAGGAAAUGAAAAGUAUAAAAGAAGAACUUGCCACAAGGUUAAAUAGUAGUGAAACUGCAGACCUUUUGAAAGAGAAAGACGAGCAGAUUCGAGGAUUAAUGGAAGAAGGAGAAAAACUUUCAAAGCAGCAACUGCAGAGUUCUAACAUCAUUAAGAAAUUAAGAGCUAAAGAUAAAGAAAAUGAAAAUAUUACUGUAAAGCUCAACAAAAAAGUUAAAGAGCUAGAAGAGGAGUUGCAGCAUUUAAAACAGGUCCUUGAUGGCAAAGAAGAGGUUGAGAAGCAACAUAGAGAAAAUAUUAAAAGGCUAAAUUCCAUGGUAGAACGUCAGGAGAAAGAUCUUGGCCGACUUCAGGCAGACGUGGAUGAACUUGAGGAAAAGAAUCGAAGUAUUCAGGCUGCUCUUGACAGUGCAUACAAAGAACUUACAGAUCUUCACAAAGCCAAUGCUGCAAAGGAUAGUGAGGCACAGGAGUUUGCUCUCAGUCGUGAGAUGAAAGCUAAAGAAGAGCUCUCUGCAGCACUAGAGAAGGCCCAAGAGGAAGCCCGUCAGCAGCAAGAAACGUUAGCGAUUCAAGUGGGGGACCUUAGGCUGGCACUGCAACGUGCAGAACAAGCAGCUGCCAGAAAAGAGGAUUAUUUACGCCAUGAGAUCACUGAACUCCAGCAGAGACUCCAGGAAGCAGAGAAUCGGAACCAAGAACUGAGUCAAAGUGUUUCAUCAACAACAAGACCAUUACUUCGACAAAUAGAAAAUUUACAAGCAACUUUAGGGUCCCAGACAUCGUCGUGGGAGAAGUUAGAGAAGAACCUCUCUGAUCGGCUUGGUGAGUCCCAGGCCUUGUUGGCGGCAGCAGUUGAAAGGGAACGUGCAGCCUCAGAAGAACUCCUUGCCAACAAAAUUCAAAUGUCUUCCCUGGAGUCACAGAACUCUCUCUUAAGACAAGAAAAUAGUAGAUUUCAGGCCCAGCUAGAAUCUGAGAAAAAUAAGCUAAGAAAACUGGAGGAUGAAAAUAGUCGGUGCCAGGUCGAAUUAGAAAACCUGAAAGAUGAAUAUGUAAGAACACUUGAAGAGACAAGGAAAGAAAAGACACUGUUGAAUAGUCAGUUAGAAAUGGAGAAAAUGAAAGUUGAACAAGAAAGGAAAAAAGCAAUUUUCACUCAAGAAGCAAUAAAAGAAAAGGAACGCAAGCCAUUUUCUGUUUCUAGUACUCCCACGAUUUCACGCUCAAGUUCCGUUAGUGGAAUUGAUAUGGCAGGGCUACAGACAUCUUUUCUGUCUCAGGAUGAGUCUCAUGAUCACUCAUUUGGACCAAUGUCUGCAUCAGCAAAUGGAAGCAAUCUCUAUGAUGCCGUAAGGAUGGGAGCAGGAUCAAGCGUUAUUGAGAAUUUACAGUCUCAGCUAAAGCUAAGGGAAGGAGAAAUUACUCAUUUGCAGCUAGAAAUUGGCAAUCUGGAAAAAACCCGAUCAAUAAUGGCUGAAGAGCUAGUUAAAUUAACAAAUCAAAAUGAUGAACUUGAAGAGAAAGUGAAAGAGAUACCCAAACUUCGAACUCAGCUAAGAGAUUUGGAUCAGAGAUACAACACUAUUCUGCAGAUGUACGGAGAAAAGGCAGAAGAGGCCGAAGAACUCCGACUAGAUCUUGAAGAUGUGAAAAAUAUGUACAAGACUCAGAUAGAUGAACUUCUGAGACAGAGGCUCAGCUAACUUCUGGAAAUGGCACUCCCAUCAAACUGAAUGUAAACAUUUAAUAUCUAAAUGCAGACUUCCAAUAAAUUCUUUUAAAGAAUUACAAAAUGAGAUUUACUGUAGAGUUCAGGAAUUAAAGAUUACUUUAUAGUGUGCAGUCCUGUUUGCAGUUAAAUUAUUUUGUGCAAUAUCUGAACUUUAUUUUUGAAACUCUUCUUUAAAGAUUAAUUUUUUAAAGUAUCCAUUUUAUUUCACCUUGUAUAGCACAGAGAUUACUUUAUCCUCAUCAGUCUGGUUAUGGAAGGAGAGUGGUGUUCAUAUAUGUAUUGUAGAAAUAUAAGUAAUUGUAUCUAUAAUGUAUAUGUGUAUGUAUAUAUGAGAACAUUUAAAGAGUAAUGUUAACAUAUGGAAACUUGGGAAUCUUUUACACUUAAAUCUUCAACAUGUUGAAUGAAAAUGUACAGUAAAUGUUCACAUAAAAAAGUUACUGCCAUUAUUAAAUUUUGACCUAAAUUUUUUUUUUAUUGUGGAAGUCAUGCUGACGCUGUCUGAAAUUUAGAGGGUGAAUAAUUGAAAUAUUUUUUAUUUUUUGGUCUGAAAGUUUUCUAAAUUUCAUGUUCUCAGCCAGAAAUUGGUGUAGUUCUUAGUACAUGAAUUUACUUUACUCAGCUUCUAGGAAUAAGUUUGUACAAAUGUCCUUUUUGUUCGCUGUCAGGAGAAAGCUGCAGCUAUUCGAAGUUAUUUAGGCAUAAUUGGGUAGUGGAAAAAUUUUACUUAAUGAUGUUGUGAUGGGAUCAGUAACAUUUAAGUGGUUUUGAAGAGGUAUUGUUUUACUACCAUUUAAAAUCAAUAAAAAACUCAUUGCGGUUGAGUGGAUUCCGACUUAUAGCAACCCAAUAGACAGGGUAGAACUGCCCCACGGGGUUUCCAAGGAGUGGCUGGUGAAUUCAAACUCUUGUCCUUUCGGUUAGCAGCCUGAGCUUUUAACCACUGUGUCACCAGAGCUCCAAAAUUAGUAAAAAGCAUGUAAUUAUUAAUACAAUUUCUUGUUUAAAAGUUACUUGCUCACAUUUUGUAAAGCCACAUCUUUGGCACAUUAAAAAAUUGUUUGAUAUUACAAAUAACAACAUAGAGAAUUGUAGGAGUCAAUUUAAAUUUGGCAUUUUGCAAUUCUGUAUAAUUUACCCUUUUUUUUUCGUGACAUGUGAAAAACUCAAGAAUAGUAUGGAAUAGCUUUAAAAAUAGCUAUGCUGUCUUCCAAAUGUUAGUUUGUUCCGAAUUUAAUCAGUCUGUGUUUUAGACCUGUGAAAUAUUUUGAUAAUGUUAUUACUAAAAGUCAUUUAACUGCCUUUACUUACAAAUAAAAAUUCUCAUUUAAUUUUCAGUUAAAUUUUAAAAACUGGUAUUUUAGAGUGUUAACUAAAUGUAAGGCACGUUGAAGAAUUUUGGAGAACUUUCAGGGGAACUGAAGUGACCUCAUUUUCUCUCUUUCUGUAUUCCAGACAGCAUUUCUGUCAUUAGAGCUCUGAUUUUUAGCAUCGAUAAAUAUUCUUUGAGUGUGAGCCAAAUUCACAAAAUUAAUUUUCUAUAUUUUAGUGGUAAUAAGCACUAAUAUCUUUUUGUCAGCUUGAUUUUUUUCCUAAAGAUUCAGGGGCAGAAUGUCAAGAUUGAUAGCAAUAAGAAAUGUACAGAAUUAGAAAAUACAGGAAACUUAAAUUGCAGAAUUCUGUCAAGCAUUAGAAACUGCCUGAGUUCAGGAAUUUUGAAAUUGUUCUUUUAAAAUAGCCAACAGUGAAUCAAAACCAAAAACCCUUCAUGUUGCAAGAAAGGAUUAAAAUAAAACUCUUUCCUAUACCUUAUAACUUCAUAAUUUUAAACAAUUUAUUUUUUCUUAAUCCUUCUUAACGUUAAUAAAAUCGAUUUAACAAAGUUUUAAAGUGUUUUCAAUUUAUUUAAUUUUAAGGAUAACAGCUAUUUAAAUUUCUUUGCCACACAUUACUGUUUAUUCACAAAUUAACAGCUGAUAUUCAUGCUGAGCUUGUUUUGACUGCUAUGAAUUUAGUUCAAUCACUUGAUACAUUCAUAAAUUCAGGUUUACGGAAUCACUUUUUUGAAAAACUCCACUAAGUGGCAGAAUACUUAUUGAAUGUUGGUUGCUGUAUUUUGCUGUUGUCAUUAAAAAUUCCUUAUCCAUAUUCUACUAAAAGAAUAUAUUUUAAAGGAUAAGAAAAUAGUUUGCCAUCAGAUAUUUCCAUUAUUGGAAGAAAACAUGAAGAAAUUAUAAAUAUUAUAACAAUUUCAAGAAUACAAAAAAGUAGAAGAGGUGUGAACGCUGAUGUUUGGAGAUGUAUAGACAGGUAAGCACAGACUACAGAGAGAGGUCUUACCAACCCCUUGGAGGCUGAAUCUAGACUACCGUUCCUUUGCCUCUUUUUUGAGGACUCCCAGUUGCACAGUGUUUUUAUCAUGUGGAAUGUACCAAAUUUAUCUCUGUGUGUUGUGAUUUAGGAGAUUCUAAAUAUGGAUAAUCUGACCUCAGGAAGCAUAAGCUUUUGUAAUUAAGUAAAUGAAAAGACUGUUCAGGAAAAAGUUUGUUCUCAUGAUCCUCAAGUGAUUUAUUUGAUUUAAUAACCGAAAAUUUAUUCAAAUGCUUAGUAAGAGUAUAUAUAGUAUUUAGGAAAUAGCUACAAGAAAAAGGAGGAAAUGACUAGAUGUUUUAUGUUGUUUUACUACUGUUUGGUUUGUGUACAUUUAUGUUCUAGUGUAUCAUAAUUUUUCAUUUUCAUUAAAAACAAAUUUCCCCAUCCUAAGUCAGUUUGAAAGUAUAACAACUUUAAUUACGUAUUUUGUAAAGGGCUAGAAGUAUGAUUUAAACUACAGAUUAACAUAAUAUUUUAGUUCUAAGUGAAAGAUAAUGUAAAUAAUAAACAUGCAUCUGAUUUGAAUAAAGAUUUUAAAAUAGUAAUA